AUGGAGUACUACUUGGAUCCCCACACCUUGUUCAACACGGUCGAAACAACUUUCCAGCACUCAAUUUUCCCCCAAUUCAAGAUCAAAUUCCACUUCUUCUUCCAAAUCCAAUACCUAAACCACUACGUAAACCACAACAUCACCCGCCCCCGCUUCAUCCAGGAGUUCCCCUCCGCCGAAGCCUACGCCUCCGCCGCCGUGGUCGUGGCCGCGGGAGGCUCCCUCUCGCCCGACCACGUAGCGACGGAGGUCUCUCGCGCCGUGUCCGGCCUCAUCCCGGCCGCGAACCGCGACCGCGUGGACGACUUGAUCGACCUCACCAUCGCGGAGGUGCGAGACUGUUUUCCAGGAACCCUGCCCAAGUUCUCGACCCUUCACGUGAGCUUCAACGUGUGCGUCGAACACCGCCACGUGUACGUGGUGGAUGGCGAGCGGCCGUUCACGAUUCCGGAUGCGGAGGCCGCCAAGGCGAUUGCGGAUUGGGAGAAGGAAGCGUUGGCGUUUUUGGAGGAGCGGUGUUGCUGCAUCUGCUUGCAGGAGCUGAGAAGCCGCAGAGUGGAGAGGCUGCCGUGUUUGCAUUUGUUUCACGGCGAGUGCAUCCAGGAAUGGUUGAGGAAAAGCCUUACUUGCCCGCUUUGCCGAUGUGUGUUUAUUCAAAUUCAAGAUUCCACCAUUUUAUGUUAG